AUGUCUACCCUAGCCAUGGUUCUCGGUGCUGCUCGCAAGUCUCUUUUCCAGAGACCUGGUUCGCUGUUGAGAGCUCCUGUAGGCGAUCCCCAUUUACGCCGUUGUUGUCGGUGCAGUCGGCGGUGCUGGAUGUACAUGACUCGUUUGGCUACUCGCCCUGACAUCGUCUGGGACCCGCCGCAACAACCCUACCCCCUGGAUGUCCGUCGAGCAGGGCAUGCAGACUAA